UUUAGCUUUCGUAGUCAGAAUCGCGGACUGUCCGGGACUGCAAAAGUUAUCUCGCCUCUUUCUCUUUCCUUUUUCUUGGGUUUUCUCGUUUUUCCUUCCUCGAAUUCGAAAGCUCGCAGCAUUUGGUUGCAGAAAGAUCCCUGUUCCGAGCGUUCCGAGCGCGAUUUUCAUCUCCUUUUGGCUUUCGUUCUGUGCCCAGAACCCGCGAGGAGAGCCCGAGGAAGCAGGAAUUUCUCCUCAGUCCGUUCGUCGCGCUUGAUCAUCGUCGUCGUCGUUUCGAAACAAACGAUGCCCGCGAGCGAAGGUUUCUCAGGUGUCUCAAAUUGCUACGUCUUCAAGAGUCGGUUGCAAGAGUAUGCACAAAAAGUGGGACGACCAACUCCAGUCUAUGAGACCAUAAAAGAAGGUCCUUCACAUGAACCUUCAUUCAGAUCAACGGUGAUUGUUAAUGAUGUCAGAUAUGAUUCUUUACCUGGGUUCUUUAAUCGGAAGGCAGCCGAGCAGUCAGCUGCCGAAGUUGCGCUGCUGGAGUUAGCGAAGUCCGGUGAAAUCAGUGACUGCAUUUCUCAACCAGUUCAUGAAACGGGGUUAUGCAAAAACCUUCUUCAGGAAUAUGCACAGAAGAUGAAUUAUGCGAUUCCCCUGUAUGAAUGCCGAAAGGAUGAGGCACCAGGGAGAGUGCCUCUCUUUUCAUGCACUGUUGAGAUUGGAGGAAUUCGUUAUAUUGGUGCCACUGCAAAAACCAAGAAAGAAGCAGAGAUUAAAGCUGCUCGAACAGCUCUUCUUGCCAUACAGUCGAGUACACCCAAAUCAUGUGAGAAACCGAUUACCAACUCUCAGCUGACGGUUGUUCCAUGCAAAAAGAGAGGGACGGAGACGACUACUAAUGCUGAGGACACUGGAAAUCCUCCAAAGGCAAAGAAAGCGCGCUUCAAGAAGAAAUCAUCAAAAAGGAAGCUCUCCGUGGAUAAGUUAGGCAAUAAUCAAAUUCAGAAUACAGGACAUUUGAAUUUUAGGAUCAACAACACUGUUCCAUCUGGAGUCUCAGAAGGUGCAUUUGGAUUGUUGGCGUGGGAAUUGGGGCUCAAUACAAAUGGAAAUGAAAAUGAAAGCUGUGUGGACAUUGCUAAUGUGAAUGCUCCUAAUUUUCAAAUUUUGCAGUGCCCAGCUUCCAAUACCAAUCAAGGUAAUCUUGGCACUCAAGGUACGCUCCUUGUCCCUCAUGGAGAUGCUAGUGCUUUGUCGAGGGAGACAAAUAACAUUUCUGGGGUUGAUGAAGUGGCUUCUGGCUGUGCUAACAUGGAGAACUCAAGUGGCAUUUUUGGGUUUGACUUAUCUGAAGAAACUGUCUGAAAUAUUGCAGAUUGUUAUUAGGAACUAGAUAGUUAUUCAGUGGAAGCUUACUUUUUUAUUCUUUUAAGGAUAGAGCUAUUGUCAUCUUUUGACCGAACAAUUAAGUUAUUAGCAAACUUGGUCUGGAGCCACAUAGGAGCUUUUGUUUUGGGUGCGAAUGCCAAUAUUCUCAACGAGAAGAAAAUUUAGAUGUAUUGCAUGAUCUUGUUAUGUUGAAGUUUCUCUUGAGUUGCGUCUCUCGACUGGGUGAUUCUCAUUUUGUUCUCCUUCUGAAAGAUUUAGAUGUACAAGGCAAUAACGUCUCAAGGUAGAAAUGCACCUUAAAAAGCUCCUGUGAUCUUGAAGCUAUCACGUUGUUCAGGCCUCAAGGUCAAAAGUGAAGGCAUAAUACAUCAUAGUACAUGGACCGUAUAAUACACGAGCAGAAACGUUUCUCUUUUCUUCUGUCCUUUGUGGGUACGAUUCAUAUUUUCUUGUUCCCAGCCGUGCUCUCUUCUUUGAGGGCGUUGGGAAUGUUUUGGAAGUUCUGAUCUCUUCAUUAGUCCAUAGACAUGGAAGAAAUUGACCUGCUAAGUGCGACCCAGAACACGAGUGGCAUUGUCGAGGUUUCUUGUUGCAGAGGUGACACAAAUCUGAACUGCAACAACCGUGCAAUGAAGAGAUGGAGAGACUUGAUCCCCAAAGUGAAGAGCUCAUUGCUCGUUCUCUUCCCGGCAACUCCAAGCAAGUUACCUGCAAAAGUGGAUUUUAAAUGCCGUAAGACAAAUUUUAUCAGGGACUAGUCGAUACAAUAUAGCAGUUCUAAGUGGCCAAAAUGAUAGGAUCACAAUAAUCCCUCUGGAUUGAUUGUUAUGUUUAGUGGUCAUACCGAAGUGCUCUGCAAGCCGCAAGUAACCUUCAGCCUCUUUCUUCUCCAUGGUCUGUUGAGGCCCAUUUAAGCAAAGGCUGAUAAGACUACCCACAAGUAGGCCUGAGAGUGCACAGAGAAUGGUGACUCUGUCAACCCUCUUGUUGAAUUUCAGAGCCAUCAUCAAAUCUCAGAAGCCUGAUCCUCCUCUCUUUUGUCCUUGUCUUUGGCUGGUUUUAGCUGUACUCGAAUCAGCCAAAACGAUGGAGAUUAUAAGCGAGCACACACACUCUCUUGCUUCUUCAAGACCACCAAGAGUCCCAUAUUUAUAGAUGAUGCUGAUGCUUUUGGUCAAAACUGGCUUGAAUUUAAUUAAUGUUUGGUUGUGUUUUGAAGCUUGUUUUGAGAGCUACCAAAUCAUAAGCUGCAGAAAAAUGUACUUGAGGUGCAAGGUGACCCCACCACCAGUUGUGUUA